AUGGCCAGUCUGCCCAUGCAAGGAACAAACCCUUUGCAGGUCUGGUGGGGAACCGCUGAAGGAGCCAUUGAAACAGUUCAGCCUCCCAACCCGGAACCCAGCCUAUUUGUUGGCCCAUCGACAAUUCCUGAUACAGGGUCUUGUCUAGCUUCAAUAUCUAUCAGCUAUACAAGCCAACAGCUUUGGUGGAUCACAGAAACCGGGGCUAUUGAUGGGCUAAUUUAUGACGAUUAUAUAUGGGCGCCUCCCGGGACGGGAGCUGGCGAAGCAAUUCCUUUCAACGUAGCUGGUACAGCUUCUACAACCAAUGGUGGUUCCAUGACCGGUCUCGUGUUGGAGGGCAAUACUGGGGUAAUCCUUUUCUGGGUUGAUCCUAACGGUGCCAUCGCAUACUCCAGAUGGUUUGCGACCUCGGGCUGGCAGGCUGUCUUGGAUGCGCUUCCUCAGGGAACAGCAAGCGCUGCUACUCAGCUGUCUGCCCUGUCUGUCGGCAGUAGUGUCUAUCUGUUCUGUGUUUCUCCAAGUGGUGCAGUUGUCGGUGCCAGUUGGACUAACGCCUCCUCGGACGGUAAUUUGGGUUGGAUGUCCCAGUUUACAGUUCCGUCAUCUGGCACUGCGGCGCCUGGGGGUGGAUUGGCUUCCUUCAGCGUAAGCACAAAGGAGAUUGCGGUUGUAUGGACCACGGCACAGAAUAACAUCGAAAUGUCUCUUAUUUACGGUGUGCUCCAUAUGGUGGAUUGGACAGUCAAGCGAUCUCAGGAGGACGAACGUGGAUCUCACCAAGCUCCAAGCAACAUCAACCCCCGAUUGGCCUGUAUUCGAGGACCUUGGGCCUGGUUCUUGUAA